AUGGAAUGGUUGAUAACCAUAUGUCUGGUUACAAAGCAAGAGAAUAAUCCUUUUGCUCAUGAACUAACGAAGGCAUUAUCUACACGUCUCGAGAAUCUUCGUACGUCGAUGGCUUUUAAAAUGGCCAUUUAUCUAGACCCUCGAUUCAACUACACCAAUUCAAACGUAUUCAAUGGCGAUGAAAAGGAACACAUACAGAAAUUCAUUAUUCAAACCUGGGCGAGAAUUAAAAGCUUGGAUCCCCGUUACUCUAUAAUUGAACAAACGUGUACAACUAACGCUACAGAAGCUUUUAAUGAAAGCGAUAAUUUUAUCACCGAAAUAUUCGGCGGAUCGCUUAGUACCACUGAUACUUCAAGCACAUUCCAACAGCAGUUAAAAACUCUCCAAGCAGAGCUGCGUCAAUGCACUACGUAUGACGCAUGGGACCAUUGGAUGAAAAGAAAAACGACUCAUCCUGAAUUAUAUGCAGUAGCGUCAGUUGUUUUAGCAGUUCCAGCUACCCAAUCGACUGUAGAGAGGUCAUUCAGUGCACUAGCAUUAAUACUUUCGCCACAUCGUUCCACAUUAGGCGAAGAUAUUCUUGAGCAUAUUCUGCUCGUUAAAUUAAAUAAGACUAUAUAUGAGAAAACCAUUGCAACAGUUUCUAACUUGAACAUCACACUUCAGGAAACCGGGAAUCCUGAUUCCCAAUCAAGCGUAUAGCUGAAUCGAUUUUUCUCUUUGUUUAUCAUUAAUAAAUAACAACACAAAUUGUCCAACAUUUCAAAUAUAUUUGAGCUGCUCAAAAACCUCACACAUACACCUCUAAUAUUUGAACAUCAAGUCAAAUUCUCCAUAACCAAUUUC